CAGUUUUAUGAAGCUGUUGAGGAGAAUGUUACGUGACCGGAUGAGCUGUACUUAAUCUGUUUGGUGUCAUUUCACAUAUUCUCAGAUAUUUUCGACUCAGUAAACGUGCGAUUGAUGAGCUCAGCCUUGGUCUCUGUGUGGUCCUUUCCGGGAGGGUCGAGAGAACGAACCAGUAGAGAGGGGUUACAAUGGUGCCGUGAUUCCCGUUUGUGAUCAAUUCAGAGCCGAUCUCCGGGGGGACGACGACAACAAGGCCUACAGCAGAGAACAGUGAGGACGUCGCACGUGUCAUCCGUUCAAGUGGACUGUGAUUGCCAGAUUCUCCGGUUAAAGAAUUUUUUUUUUUCUCUUUUCUUCUCUGACGAACUUUUAAAAGGGAAAAAUACAUUUCGUUGGACUGCAGAUAAGUAAAGUGAUUUAAACAACAGUUUUAUUUGAUUAAUCUGACUUUUGAGUUUAGCUUUAGAAUAUUUUGAAUCUUUUGCAUUUGAGAAAAUGGCUGAGGGUGGUGCAGAAAAUUCCUUUUUCGGGAUUGGACGGGGUAAAUAUCGGAUGCAGUUCUCUGACACCAAGCCAGGGUCAGGUGAAUUCGGUUAUAAGGCUCACAUUCCUGAUGGUACUAGGGGGAAUUAUGUAGCUCAUGAUGUAAACAAAACUUUCCCUAUUACUUCUACACCAAAGCCAUGCAAUGUAGAGGGUUCUAGCGAUCGAGACGUCAGCGAUUUCGGGGCUAUAGUUAAAGAAUUGGGCAGACAAAUUGGUGACUCCGUAACGGCCAACAUUUUGUCAGGGGGUGAAUUUCCCAGAACUACUAAUGGUAAUAACACAGGCUCUCAAUGUGCUAAUCUUGAUUUGUCACAGUUGAAUGUCAUUCUGAAAUCAGAUGAAAGAGACCCCCCAGUGUUUAGAGGGGAUGGGUUAGGCAGAUGUGACAUUCAAGAAUGGAUUGAUAUGAUGCAAGUUUACCUGCAAAAGAGAAAUGUCAGGAUUACUGAACAGGCUAAUGAGAUUGUUGGUCAUCUAAUGGGCAGGGCCAAAGACAUUGUGAAAGUAGCCCUACGCAGCAACCCUGCUCUUGACUGCACAAAUCACCCUGAGAUUAUUUACAGUAUACUAAGGCAACACUUUAGUGACGUGUCUUACUCAAGCAUGCCACUCGCAGACUUUUACAGUACAUUGCCUAAACACGGUGAAAAUCCCUUUGACUACUGGCUUCGUCUUAAUAAGGCAGCAGAUAUAGCCGACGAGUGUCUCAGGGGACAGGGUAGAAGAAUGGACAACUUAAAUUCUGAAGUUGCAAUGAUGUUUGUGAGGAAUUGCCCACAGCCUGAUUUAGCACGCACUUUUAAAGUAAGGCCGCUAGAAUGCUGGACCGCGAAAGACGUUCAGGAGCUUUUGGACAGUUUCCAACGUGAGCUUAAACUAAGACCGAACCCUAACACCUACCCAGUCUGCCAUAAUGCACAAACGUCCAUACAAAAUUGUGGAAAUUCUAACAUUGUUUCUGAGUCUGCAUUAGUGUGUCUGAAGCAGGGGACAAACGGGCCUGGUGAAUCUAAGCAGGAUGCGAAGGAUCAGUCUGGACUGGAUCGAAUGGCUGACAUGCUCGCUCAGUUGAUCGAAGUCUCGAAGACAAAAGGAGAAGAGUAA